AUGGAAACUGCCAAGACAAUGUCCACCACAAUUGUAGGUAGUGGAGUCAUUGGGCUCAGCGUUGCGUAUGAACUUCUUUUGAGCAGCGAAUUGCGCCCAAAAGAAUUGCAUAUCAUUGCUCAACACUUCCCUAACGAGAGCCCUGUUAGUCACGAAUACACGUCAGCAUGGGCAGGAGCUCAUUUUAGGCCCUUCCCACACCGUCCUGCUAGUUUCGAAAGCGAUGCACGCGAAUCCGGGUACACUCGGGCCACGUAUCAACGCAUGAAGGCCAUUUCGGCCAAAUUUCCAGAAUCAACGGUUCAACUCAUGCAAGGCAUCGACUAUUUGGAAGACCCCCCACAAGAAUACGACGGGGAAAGCCCCGGAUUCAAUUCUAGAAGUCUCGACAACUUUUGCAAGCUGAAAGCAGCAGAAUUGCCCCCUGGUGUCAAAUCUGGCUUCCAGUACGACACUUAUUGUCUAAAUGCACCGCUAUAUCUCGAGUUUCUGCUGGCUCAGAUCCAGCGUCUUUGCAAGCUAUACAAGGUGCAGCUGUGCCUGAGAAGAAUGUCACUACAGAGCUUGUCGCAAGUCCACGACAUCUGUCCCGCGAACUCCGUGAUUUUCAAUUGUUCGGGCAGGGGUUUGCAAUUUGAUGGCAGCUACGACCCACAAUGCUUUUCUAUAAGGGGCCAAACACUUCUUUUGGAUGCACCACAAGACAGCAAGUAUAGUUCUUUGACUGUUACUCAUCAGGACAAGCAGGGAAACUGGACUUUUGUUAUCAAAAGACCUGCUCUCGAUGGUCAAAGGGCCCAGUAUAUCCUAGGAGGCACCAAACAGCUUGAUUCGAACAGUGUCGUUCCACGGGAGGCCGACACUCGUGCAAUUCUCGAGCGUGGACGCGUGCUUUUCCCUGAACUCAUGGAAAACGACGAAUUUUCAAUUGCGAGAGUAAACGUGGGGUUCAGACCUGCCAGACAUGGUGGUAGUCGUGUGGAGCUGGAGCGUACACCACGGGGUCCUGUGGUACAUGCGUAUGGCCUUGGAGGCAUGGGUUUUGAAACGUCUUUCGGAGUCGCACAACAUGCUCUCGAAUUAUUUCGAGGCAAAUGCAGGUGUUCCAAGCUAUGA